AUUGGUCUCAUCAGGGCUAGCUAGCUAGCUGCGGUACUGCCCGGUGCGGCGUAGGGAUUGUUCCACAUUUUUGUUGGUGUAUUGUCCUUUUCCGUGAGGUUUUUUCUCCACAAAAUGUCGAGGGACACUCAGUUCAUCCUCAAGCAUUUAGGAGAACUCGAACAGGUGGCUGAAGAGGUUCUUGCAGAUAAACAACAGAUAGUUGACCUGGAUCGCACACGUAAUGGUAAUCGUGAAGGCCUGAGGUGCCUCAUGAAGCAAAAUCAACAAAGCAGAACUGGGGAAUCCAAGUCUUGGAUUUGCUUUGGUAACAUGUUCAUCAAAGUUCCUGGACCUUCUGCACAGGCCAUGGUAGAGCAAGAUCAGAAGAAAUUGGAUGAAGAAAUUGAUCGACUUCACAAGGAGCUCAGACCCAAGGUGGCAAAGCUCAGAGAUCUAGAAGGGCAGAAAAAAGCAAAAGGAUUUGAUCUAACAGCGUUGUCCAGCGAGGAAAUCAAAGCAGUCAAGAGGUGACAAGCUAUCAAAUCAAAACUCAUCAAAGGCUUACACUUGACUGUUGCCUUCCAGUGCCACGACCUGGUUUUGCUGCAUUUACCAGCCGUUCUGAUCAUCCAUCUUUGACAUGUUCCUGGAGCCAUCAGAAAGAAUUCAUAUGGUCUGAUGCCACGUUGUCAUUGGUACCAGCCACUUCUUGAAAUGACUACCUCUAGAAUGCCUUGAGGAUGUUCAUGUUUGACACUGAGAUGAUUGCUCAUUUCUUUGGGUCCGUCUCCCCAAGAUACUCCUCAGGAUUCUGGGUCUCCUGACUAUUUCAAGACUGAGCUUAGGGGAAUAAGGAACAAACAAUUUGUGUAUUGUCAAUCAUGAGCCAGGUUUUUUGGCCAGGACUCAAAAAGUAUACUUUAAAUUUUGAUAGACCGGCACAUUUUGAACUUGUGCAUACAAGCAAAUCUUACGUAACCCUUGGACAACCAGUUUGGUCUUAAAAGUACAAUAGUAUUGCAAUAGUAACGAUGCAUGUGACAGCCAACAUGUUUUAUGAAGCUUGAUGAAGUGCAGUUUUUAUUUACCAAGUAACUUCUGUAGAAAAUGUAAAAAAUGCGAAAAUGACAAAGGGUUGUUUGUAAUAAAAGGAAAAGCUGACAAGCUAGAA